UAUAUGACAUGAUUAAGGAAUAUUUACACAGACUUGAUAAAUCGUGACUUAAAUUUUCGCGUUAACUUUCGGAUUCACUUGAACAUUUUGAAAAAUAACAAUAAAACAUGUGUGGCGGCAGUCAAGUGGACGAUGACGAUAACUCGGGAUCUGGAAAGGGGAAAUUUGGGAAGCCUAAAGAGUUCAACAAGAACCAAGGACCAAUAAAAAACAGGUCCUGUACCGACAUAAUAUGUUGCCUGCUCUUCCUGGUCUGUAUAAGCGCAAUGGUCAUCAUUUCCAUUGUUGGCUAUGCAUAUGGAGACCCGAAAAAACUGCUGUACCCAACUGAUUCUGAUGGCAACCAGUGUGGUAUAGGCGCAUACUCAUCACGGCCAAACCUUGCCUACUUUGACAUCAUGCAGUGUACCAAAGUUGGUUUUGCUGCCAUUGCAACAGGCUGCCCCACUCCGUCUAUUUGUGUGGCAGACUGCCCAAGUCAGUAUCACACAUACUUGGAGGUGAUAGCGGACUACAGCAAAGCAACAGAUAUGUUGUGUAAAGAUAGCGUUAGUAGUGACCCUCUCAAUGAUGUCACCUCACCUUACAACACAUAUUUAAAGUCCACUCUGAUAGACACAGAGUUGUGUGCUUCGUAUUAUGUUUCAUCUACAGCUUUGGUUGGGCGUUGUAUUCCAUCCAUAUUUGUUGAUGGGUUGAACUAUGCAGCUCAGCUGCAAGCGAAUGGACACAAGCUGGAAACUGUGGAUGGGGAGUCGGUCACGGGAGAUACACUCAACACAGCGAGCCAGUACCUGGCCAAGUUCUAUGCCCUGCAAAACUAUGCUGAACUUGUGUUUAAAGAUGUUCUCAACUCCUGGUGGCAUAUUCUAGUUGGUCUGGGAGUAGGUGCAUUGUUCUGUUUCUUUUGGAUCGUGCUGCUACGCUGGAUCGCAGGAAUCGUGGUGUGGAUCACUAUAGCUCUCUUCCUUGGCUGCUGGAUCUUUGCCUGUGCAUGGAGCUACUACCGUUACUACACGAUGAAGAACAGCGAGACCCCGGCUCAGGAGUACAAUGUCGCUCCUUUGUUCUCCGGGGAGUUUGAAUACUAUCUCCAGAUCAGAAAAACUUGGCUCUUUUUUGGAUGUGGGUCAGCCACGGUUUUAGUCAUCCUCCUGCUGAUCUUCCUCUUCCUCGUCAAGAGGAUCUGUAUCGCUAUAGAGCUCAUUAAGGAGGCCUCAAGAGCAAUCAGCAACAUGAUAUUCGUUCUGAUCUGGCCAAUCAUCCCCUUCCUGCUGCAAAUAGUGUUCCUGUGUUAUUACGUUGCAUCGGCUGCUUACGUGGGCUCGAUGGGCAGUAAGGAUUUCUACAAUAAUGGUACCAACACCACUGAUAAUGGGGGAGUGUCUUACUACAUCAAGAGAGCUCCGUGUGAUGAAAAUGAUGCCAACACUGGAGCAGCUUGCGAGUUUGUGAAAUAUGGGGGAGAUGAGUACACUAUCCCCUUGGAGAUUUUCCUGCUGUUCAUGUUCUUCUGGUGUAUGAACUUCAUCGUGGCUCUCGGCCAGAUGACACUAGCAGGAUCUAUUGCAUCAUACUACUUUGCCUACGAGAAGCCGAAGGACAUUCCAGCAUUCCCAAUCCUUGGAGCAUUUUACCGCUCGAUAAGGUACCAUCUGGGCUCGCUGGCAUUUGGUUCCCUGUUGAUAGCGAUCGUUCAGAUGAUACGAGUGGGACUGGAGUACAUUGACCACAAGAUGAAGGGCAGUGAGAACUGCCUGGCUAAGUUCAUCCUCAAGUGUUUGAAGUGCUGUAUGUGGUGCUUGGAAAAGUUCCUCAGAUUCUUAAACAAGAAUGCCUACAUCUUGAUUGCAAUCCAUGGCAAAAAUUUCUGUGCCUCAGCGAAGGAUGCAUUUUUCCUCAUCAUGAGAAAUAUAGUCAGAAUUGUGGUGUUGGACAAGGUGACAGACUUUAUCCUGUUUAUCAGUAAACUGUGCUGCGUGUCUGCAGUGGGGGCGGCCUCGUUCUUUUUCUUCGGAGGUUACAUCAAUAUCACAUACUUCUCCGACUACGUUCCCACGCUCAACUACUUCUUUACGCCCGUCAUUCUUGUGAUAAUUGGUACAUUCCUGAUAGCGUCCCUGUUCUUCAGUGUGUAUAGUAUGGCAGUGGACACUCUCUUCAUGUGCUUCUUGGAGGACCUUGAAAUGAAUGACGGCUCCGCGGAGAAGCCCUAUUACAUGAGUAAGGGGCUCAUGAAGGUCCUCGGCAAGAAGAACAAGCAACUCAAAGAACCAGAAGGUGUAAGAGUUAAGAGUUCAAAUGGUAAGGUAAAACCAAAAAAUGAGGCUGCAAAUGGCAAACCUCAAUCUAAGGGAAAUAACACUUAUUCAGAAAAACCUAAAUCUGCCAAGCCUAAGUCAGCCAGGAAAAAUACACCUGUUACAGUGGUUGAAGAGAGCGAGUGGUAGGGUGUGUUAAUGUUUGUUGCGUUUUGCUUAUCUUAUGUAUGAUCAUAAUAUUUGUAAUCGGAAAACUACCUUUACCAUCCGUUUUAAAUAUCACUCCUGUGCACUAACAUUUAUAUAAAACAAAAUGUAUCUUGCAAAGUUUUGCCCCACUGACGGGGUAUGGGGUAACAAAACAGACAGCUGCUGCAAAUUUCUCUCUGAGGGAAGUUUUUUCUUUAUCUCAUAUGUCCACAUUACUGGAGCAUUACAUAUUUAGUCAAAAUAAAUUCAUGAUAUGAACACUUAUGAUACUGCAUUUUAUAGCCAAAUAUCAGUAUAAAAAGUACCAUUAUUUCAACCUGUCUGAAACUAUUUGUUUGUUAAUUUUACCCACAAUUCCCACUCUGGGAAAAAACGUUGCAUUAAGAACAUGUAUUUGCUUUUUCAGAUAUUCGUAUUGACAACAAAAACUCUAUUUCAUUAAUUUUAUGAUUUAUAUGAAUUUUGACUUACAGUGGUGAAUAAUUCUAAAGCAGGUAUAACCACGCACAAAUAUGACAAGGAUAAGGGUCAUGGAAGUGAUAAUGAUUAUCAAAAAGUAGAAAUGGCACCAAAAUCUAAAUCAAAGAGACCAGUUAAUAUAACAGCAGAUAGCGAAUGGUGAUGGAGUUUCAUGAGUUUUGUGUGUGUGCACAUUUAUAUCAUAUGAUAUAAUUAGUUUGCGCUUAUUAAAACAUUUUGUUUUGGUGUUGUUUUUUUAAAUUUAAUCAGAUCUUUUUAUUUAUAUCGUGUUGUUUAAAAAAAGGCAAUAAUGUUGAGAUUCUUUAAACAGGAUAAAACAAUUAUUAAAUCAGUGUACAAAUGAGAUUUCUUUAAAUGAAUUUGUUACUCAACAUUGACAUUGCUUUUGUAAUAUACUUACUAGCUUUGUGAUGUGAAGUGUGUUCUAAUGUUUUGGUGAUAAUAAAUCAAAGGACAUUCCAUAAUUGAAAAAUUAUCAUUUUUAAUUUGUAUCUGUAAGAUGGAAUAUAUAUAAUUGUUUUGUGGAGUGUGUUCUAAAUUGUUUGUGAACGUUACUCGAUGAAAUAAUUAAAGGGGCUGGGCACCAUAUGGUCCGAAAAUUUGCAAAUACAUUAUUUCCACAAAACAAGCCUAUAAUUAUCAAUACGCACUAGUAUGAGGCUGAUAAUACAUCAUUAUACAUGAUUAAAACGUUAUUUUGUCGCUGUCUUGCAAAUGUAUCAUCUGGUGUCUAAACCCUUUAAAUUGAGGUUCUGAAAGUUGAAUAUCAUAUAAUAAUUAUUUUGAAUGUGUAUUAAAUUGUUUGUGAAAGUAACUUAAUGACGUUACCUGAUUGAGAAAUAAAUGCUUAAUUCUUAUUACAUUAAAACUUUUCAUUAACCAUUUUGGCAGUAGCUGCAAAAAUGCAUUUGGCUUGGAGAAUGUUACAUUAUUGCAAGAUAGAAUAAAAUAGUAUACAUAUCUAUACAUAUAAAUGGGGCGUUGAAAGGGUCAAUGCUUGUGAAUACUCUUGUCUACAUAUGUUUGUUUUUGAUUACGGUACUAUUGUCAAUAAAACCAUUUGUUCAUUUUAUAUUACCUUUCAUUCCCACCAUAUGAAGACUGUGAUAUUUUCAUUAUAAUACAUAUCAAGAAAAGUUCCCAUAUUUCUAUUUCUUUGAUUGAAAGGUGCACAAUAUACAAUGAUGCAAUAACAUUGUUUAAUGCAUUUUCAUGGUAAUGAUUUAAAAUUAUUUAAAAAAAAAAACAACCUAUAUUGUGUGCCUUUAAUAGCCCCUUAUAAAUAAUUUGAAUAUUUAUUAUUUAAAUUAGGUUUUUAAACUUCCUGGGUUUUGCAUUACAUCAUUAUUCAAUGAUUUUUUUUUUACGCACAUUGAAAACAUUUUGUGUUAUGUGGUUAUGGACUAUGUGUUUACAUAUUUUGAAUGCAGAUUGUUUUUAUAAAAUGCAUGUAAUAAGGAGUCCUUUGUUUUGAAUUUCGAUUUUAUGCCUGAUGACCCCCUAUAAUGUCUUGGUUUCAUUUGAAAGGUUUUGAUGAGUUAAGAAAGCAUAAUUUUUAUGUAAAAUUCUAAUGGAAAAAAUCAUAAUCAAUUUACGGUUUUUCCUUGAAAGAUUGCAAAAAAAAAUCAUUUGACAUCUGAUUUCAUGUGAAAUAAAGAAGGAAAAAUAUGAACUGCAAUAAUUUUAUCUACAUUAUUUUUUCGAUCAAUUAUUUUACAUACUAGUACAUGUAUCAGUAAUCAGUAGCUUUCAAAUGAGACUAAAAUUUUACACACCAGGCAUCCAAAUUAGCAUUACGGCAUUACAGCCAAUUACACUAUUAAAUGAAAAUCUUAUUUGUUUAUAAGAUAUCUUAAACAAUGCAUGUAUACAUGUGACAAUAUUCUAAAGAUAAAAACAAGAGUAAACUGGUGUGUUCAAACAAAAUUAUAUUAUGAAGUUUAUUUUUUAAUUGUAUAUCUUUUGCAUUGAAUGCAUAAAACAUGUACAUCUAUGUAAAAUUUGAUCUACAUGUUACUAGAAAAGAAAAAAAAACAUACAUAAAGAUAGUUUAAAUUGUAAAACAAUACUUGUAUAUGUACAUGAAAAAAUAGUACUAAAAAGUAUUUACGUUAAAUAAUAUUACGUCUUAUGAAGAAGGUAUUAUUCACAAAAAAUAAAUAAAUGAAAAUAUCACAAUAGUACACUGCAUGGUUGCAAAGUAAAUGUUAUAUGAAACGAUUUCUGACAUUUUAAUGAGUUAUAUUAUGAGUGUAUGUAUACAUUUAAAUUUAAAACGUGUAAGAGUUUGUGCAUUCCAAUUUUAUAUAUUUUGUUAUACUGUUUUUUGUUCAAUUAUACACAUAGUGGAAUCUACAAAUUCACAUUAGUUUUGGCUGGACCAGAAUUUAAGAUUAUUUGAAGUUGAAUGUGUAUUAUACAAUUACUUUGUAUUUCUAUACAAUUUCAUUAACUGCCUUGUAGUUUUGUUGUUGUUUUAAAAUGUCUUGAUUUGGCUUAGUUUUACAUUAUGACAUCAUUUCCUGUCAUUAAGUCAUUAAUUGAUGUCAAAAUUUAAUAUAAAAAGCUAACAACCUACCAACAGUUUAAAAGGGUGGUAGGAAAACACAAAAAAACUAUUAACUUUGGCCUAAGAGAUGAAAUAUUAUUUGACCCAACUAGGCCAACUUUGUUUAAUAUGCUUCUUCUGCAAUUGAGAAAAAUUUGUACAGAAAGAAGCGUAGAUGGAUUGUUUUGAAAAUACUUUUAUACCAAAUGAUUCUUUUCACAUUUCAUAUUGUAUAUUUUGAAGGAGAUUCCUAUUCAGUAAUAAUAAUGCAUAGACAGCUUUCAAGAUUUUUCUCCAUUUUUCAAACUUAACGGUAAAAUGAAUUACAUAUAAAUAUAAAACUUAAUGAAUUAUAUUUUCUUACUGAGAAAUUGCUUUAAAAAUCUGUUGAAUAUAAUCAAAUACAUGUUGAAUUUUGAGUGAAGUUUAUUUGUUUAAUUUAUGAGCUGGAAUAUUUUCUGUAUUCAUUAAUAUAUUUUCUUUACUCAGCUCAAUUUUACAUAAUUAUGACAUCAUUGUUUGAAAGUUAAAGUUUAGAUAUAUAGUGGGACAUGGACAUGUCAAUUUCUUGCUUCUACAGUAGUGCCCAAAGCAUCUUUAAAGUUUUUUUGUGUUUUUUUUUUUUAAAAACAAUCCAAAAAUUAUUAUGUAUUUUUAAAACAAAAUGUUUUCUUAUGCUUUCCAGAUUUUUCUGAACUACAGUUUUUUUAUGAAGUACAGUUACAAAAAAAAUCAAUUUUAAAGAAUCUUAAGACCAAUCCAAGCAGCUUUGUGAAUGUGACCCCUGUGACCAAUGUGACCAAUAUGAAUGUUUAAUUGUUUACAGAAAGUUUCAUUUUGUUUACAUUUUUAUUUGCAAUGUAUUCUAUAUUGAUGUAUUGUUUCAUUUGUUUAUUUUCUUUGUUUUGAUAUUUUAUGUACAUUCUCUGACUUAAGCUUAUAGUCCCAUUUCAGGACCCAUAUUCAUAUAACAACUAGUUUAAUAUUCUGCUUAAACAUAUUUUACAACUUUGAAAUCAAAGAAUAUUUUAAUUAAAAAAUAUUCAGCAGAUAAAAAAAUGGAAAACAAGUAUAUGUGAAUACUCAUUUUAUAAGUGAUUAAAGAUUGUUUCAUUAAUCCGAUUUAGAAAUAGCAAAAUUUCACUAAUUCAAAAGUUUACAUCAAGUUGUUUAUUAAUACGGCAUUUGAUUUUGCAUUACUUUGGUUACUUUUAUACUUUGAUGUAUAUUUAUGUACAUGAUUUGUGAACACAUUGAUACAGUCAUCAUCGUCGUUAACAACUACAAGACCACCUUGAACGUUGUUUGAAAUUUAUUGUAAAAGUAGGGUUUAGUAAUGUGAUAUUAACUUGUUUUACAUUUAUCUUUUUGAAAUGUAUAUAUAAAAUUAUAUAUGCUAUAUUCCCGAGACUCUUAAGAGAAAUCCUUGAUCAUUUGUGAUAUUAUAUUAAAUAAACAUCUUCUCUA